AUGGUGGGAGAGGGGGACGAUGAUGAUGAGGAGAAGUGUCCCAUCUGCGUCGAGUCGCUGAGCUUCAGCUACAGGCUGCCGGGGGAGAAGCCGCACGUAGUGCCCGAGUGUGGACAUGCCCUUCACGAGGAAUGCUUUGUUACCGUCUAUGGCGAGGUCCCGACGUAUGGGUCAAAGCGGAAUAUAGGACUUUGCGGGGUCUGCAGGCAGAAGAUGAGGAUAGUAGAUGGCGGAGGCGAGCGCAAGCGGAGCAAGGGAAAGAAACUCGACAUGCUCAUGGGCGCUACCUCUACUCCACCUCUUCGCGCAAUCCCCUCAUACCCCUCCCUCAGCUCCUAUCAAUCCCCCUCAUCACCUUCUGAUCCGUAUGGUGACGAUCCGGUCGACUUGGCGCAAAUCACUAGCUCGUCCCGCUCAUUUGUCGGCGAGAGCCAGCCAAAGGUCGUCGUACCUACCAUCAGCAUUCGGGCGGAGUUUGCAAGCACAACCCGACGGCAGAACAAGCCCACUACCGCGAUGGUCACGAUAGAGGUCCCGCAUGCUGGCGACCGCGGACGGUACCCUGCUACGCGGAUGAUAGACUCGCUCCGUUCCCCCUCGAUGAUGAACUCCCCUCGUCUGCCGGGAUCCCCCGGAUCCUUUGCAUCACACGACAUCACCCACUCCCCCAAGUCCGGCCCGUCCGCUGCCCCCUUCUCGCACGUCGAAGCGGAGCUCAAGCACCGGGUUCUUGACUACAAGAACUCUGGGCUCGACACGCUCGGUCCGCUCCGGCUCUACGACAUGAUUGCCGUCCGCAAAGGCUCCAUGCUCCGCGAGUUCCUCAUGUACCUCUACAACGACGCCCUGAUCUGCAUCUCUGAGGAAAAGCCCAACGCUUUCCAAAAGAUCUUUUCGUCCAGCUCGUCCAUGCGGUCAACCGAUACCAAGUCGUCCACCGGGACAGGAUCGGGUCGGGGUCCGCUCAAGCUUCGAGGGCGGAUAUACGUCAAGCACGUCAAGAAGCUGGUGGAUAGCUCGGUGCCGAGCGAGUUUAGCAUCACCAUCUUGAUGGAGAAUGAGGGGAUGGAGUCGUUCAUCCUCACGUUCAAGGACAAGGGGAGUCACGAGACAUGGAGGUCUACCCUCCAGCAGAUCGUGGAUGAGGCGAAGCAGCCGGCGACCUCGGCCAAAGGGGGCAACUCGGCCAACAAGAUCGCUAGGCUCAUGGGAUCCGGCGCACCCCCUCCAGCUCCGGGAGGAUCGUCUCGCGGGGGCAAGGCGGCCACGACGCCCGGUCUCCCCUCGUCAUCGUCCAUGGGCUUUGGCCCUACCUUCAGCGACUUCGGCUCGCCCUCCACGGUCGAUCAGCAUUCGCCCGAUCGUCGACCCUCCGCGGGAGACCUGGUCAACAACGCUCCCCUCGCGCCCAUACAUACCCCCCUCGACCUCGUCAUCGUCCUCUCCAUCCCCGCUUCCCCUCCCGGCGCGUCAGCUCCCCUCAAGCUGCGCCUCAUGCGCCAAUCCCUCGCCUUCGUCUUUGCCCUCUUAGGCUCAAAGGACCGGGUAUCAAUCGUCUCGUGCGAGAUGGGAACAAGCAUCCGCAAAACCCCUCUUCUCAACCCGACGAAAUACGAGUCGCGGCGCCGGCUGGAGGAGUUUGUCGAGGCAAUCGGGGCGGGGUCUACGCCGGGGGACGAGUCGGAGGUCCAGACUCAGCCGGAUGAGCGAUGUGACGUCGUCACCGCUAUCAACGUCUCGCUCGACGUCAUCCUUCAGCGGAAAGCCAAGAACCCGCUUACCGGGCUCAUCCUCAUUUCGGACACCAACGAGGUGGCGAAGCGGGCCCAGAUGGACCUUGUCUGCGCCCGCCUGGACGCGGCCAACGUACCGGUCCACUCGCUCGGCUACGGCAAGGCACACGAUCCCACACCAUUGUGGAUGGUCUCUAACCAUACACAGGGGACGUACACCUUCGUUCGCGAGUGGUAUCACCUUCGUGACGCGCUGGCGGGAGUCAUCGGCGGCCUCAUGACGAUCGCCUUGACGAACAUGAAGCUCCACCUCUCGGCGCAGGAGAACGAGUUCCGGAUCGUCAAGGUCACGGGCACGCCGCAGGCCAUCGGGUCAGCUUCGGGCAAAACGCUCGAUAUUGAGCUGAAGGAGCUGCGAUUCGGGGAGAGGAGGGAGAUACUUGUCGAGGUGGAGUUGAUAGGGAAUGGAUCGUCACGCAACUCGGGCGAGUCAGGGGACGGCUCUCGGCCUGGACCGAGGCGGUCUCCGUCCCUCAUCAAUGGGAUGGACAGCAUGUCUGUCGGGGACGCCAACUCGGCACUGAGGGAGAUGGUGUACGAAGAGAGCAUGGUGGAUGAGGUACCGGUCAUCGAGGUCGACUGCUCCUUCCACGAUCCAGCCAUCGGCCGCUCCGUCUCCCGCCUCGCACAUCCCGUCCUCCUGACACUCGCCAUCCUCCCCACCCUCUCUUCCCCCGGCAACCAGUACUCGGACCCUACUGUCCAACGCCGCAAGAUGGAGCUUAUCGCGUCCGAUAUGCUCACGCGCUCGCUCCUCCUCGUUUCUCGCCGCAACUUCUCACAGGCCAACAAGCUCCUCGGCGAGACUCGGAAGAUCGUGCGGACCAUCUCGGAGGGUAUACAGGGCAAUAUCCCGGCGGGAGGGAAAGCGAGGACAAAGAAGGAGGUGGCGUCGGUCCAGGCGGUAGCGCAGCUGGAUAACAUUGUGGGGGAUAUGGACGCGCUGUGUGAGGCGUUGGACGAGAAUCCAGAGUUGUUUGGGAAGGAUCAGCGGAACUUUGCGUCGCAGCAGGGGAUUGUACUUCGGUCGCAGAGGAGCUGGACGACCAAGACGGGGACGGAGGCGUGGUAUUGCACCGAUGAUGUACGGCGGAUCAUACAGAUCAGCGGGGAAUGGGGGGUCAAGGGAUAG